AUGACAAGAGCCCUGAUUGAUAAAGGCUUAUCAUCCAUUAAAUCGGGGUCAAGAAUCUUUAUUCAUGGUUGCGGUGGCACACCACAACAUCUCAAUCGUCUAUUGGCAGAACGUGCCAAUGAACUUCGACGUGUCGAAAUCAUGGGCGUUCUCGCUCUUGACAAUACAUUUACUGAUCCGAAAUUAGAAAGCAGCUUUUUUGUCAAUACUCUUUUCGCAUCUGGUUUUGUACGACCAUGCAUUGCUAAUGGAACGGCUUCAUAUAUCCCAGCAUUACUCAGCGAAAUGCCUCGUCUUUUCGAUGAAAAUAUUCUACCACUCGAUGCUGCUUUCAUUCAAGUGUCACCACCUGACAUGCAUGGCUAUUGUUCACUUGGUAUUUCAAUUGAAGUAACAAGAGCUGCUCUAAGAAAUGCAAAAAAGGUUUUUGCACAAAUCAAUCGUAAUAUGCCGCGUGUACAUGGCGAUACCUUUGUACAUAUGAAUCAAAUCGAUGCGUAUGUCGAACAUGACGAACCAUUGAUUGAAGUAGAUUAUUCAAAAGAAAUCUCGGACGUUGAAAAAGCAAUUGGAAAACAUGUAGCCGAAUUGAUUGAUGAUAGAAGCACACUUCAAAUGGGUAUUGGAACCAUUCCUGAUUGUGUAUUGAAAUGUCUUGAAAAUCAUAAAGAUCUAAGUAUAGCAUCAGAAAUGAUAUCCGACGGCGUUAUGAAUUUAAUUCAAAAAGGUGUUGUAACGAAUCGUUAUAAAAAAUUUCAUCCUGGAAUAACAACAUUUCAAAUGGGUAUUGGAACCAUUCCUGAUUGUGUAUUGAAAUGUCUUGAAAAUCAUAAAGAUCUAAGUAUAGCAUCAGAAAUGAUAUCCGACGGCGUUAUGAAUUUAAUUCAAAAAGGUGUUGUAACGAAUCGUUAUAAAAAAUUUCAUCCUGGAAUAACAACAUGUACGUUUAUAUUGGGUACGAGAAAACUCUACGAUUAUGUUAAUGAUAAUCCAAAUAUAUUUGCUUUUGACGUUGGAAUAACUAAUGAUCCAACACAGAUUCGUCAAAAUCGAAAAAUGUGUGCCAUUAAUGCCGCUAUUGAAGUCGAUCUUACUGGACAAGUUUGUGCAGAUUCAAUGGGUCAAAUGCAUUAUUCAGGUGUUGGAGGACAAAUGGAUUUUAUGCGUGGUGCUGCAUUGAGUCACGAAGGGAAACCUAUUCUUGUUCUACCAUCACAAACAACAAAUGGAGUUUCACGCAUUGUUAAUACAUUAAAAGAAGGUGCUGGUGUAACAACAAGUCGAGCUCAUGUUCAUUAUAUAGUAACUGAAUAUGGUGCAACAAAUUUGUUUGGUAAAAAUUAUCAACAACGAGCUAAAGCAUUAAUUGAAUUAGCUCAUCCGGAUCAUCGUGAAGCAUUGGAUCGUGCUGCUCAUAAGCGUUUUAAAAAUCUGUAUUAA